AUGAGUGAAUGCAAGCCAUUAGCUACACCAAUGGCCCUAAGCGAGAAACUAUCAAAAAAUGAUGGCCAAGAUAAGGUCGAUGCAUCAAUAUAUCGAAGUUUGUUCGGCUCCAUCAACUAUCUCACACAUAGUAGGCCCGACAUAGUACAUGUUGUUAGCGUAGUAUCCAGAUUCAUGAGUGAGCCAAGUAAAUCUCACUUAGCAGCAGCAAAAAGAAUUCUCAGGUACAUAAAGGGAACAAAGAGCUAUGGAAUCCUAUAUGAAAAACAAGAAGACUACAAGCUUACAAGAUACACAGAAAGCGAUUGGGCCGGAAGUGUGGAUGAUAAGAAGAGCACAAGCAGGUAUGUAUUUCAACUAGGAUCGAAGGUGAUCUCAUGGUCAUCAAAGAAACAAUUGACAAUAGCGCUAUCAUCCGCCGAAGCAGAGUAUAUUGCAGCAACAAGUGUAGCAUGUGAAGCAGUAUGGCUUAGAAGGAUAUUGGUCGAUCUUUAA